GAAAACGAAAUGCCCGAACCAAAUACGACAAAGCCGACUGCGCCGCCGCCAAAAUGUAUUCCUUCAAACCACGAGGUCUUUGAUCCCUGGAACUCCGCCUCAACAGGCCACCAGCGCGCCGAGAACCCGUACUCGCACACGACCGCCUGGCGGGAUACCCGUCUGCAGAAGCUGUCGGCCCAGUUCGCCAGUGAUGCUUCUCGCAAACGGGCUGGUGAUUGGCGAUGGAUCUCCGGCGAGGAAGCGCAGCGGCGGUCCCUUGGUUGUCAGGAUAUUCGGUCCUUUAUGGGUGUGACCAAGCGGAGAGUGGAGGCGAAGGAAAACCUGAAAGUAAAGAAAGACCUGGAAAAGGGAGACCUGGAAAAGAAAGACCUGGAAAAAGAAGACCUUGAAAAGGAAAGAAAAAUCCUCUCCGGUACAACUAUCUACAUCAACGGCUCGACCAUGCCUACCAUCUCCGACCACCGUCUUAAACACCUCCUCGCCGAACACGGGGCGAGCAUCGCGAUCGGUCUUGCACGCCGCUCCGUCACCCACGUCAUUGUCGCGAAGCCGAAUACACGCUGCGGACACGGGGUUGGAGGAGGUCUUGCCGCGGGGAAAUUGCAGAGAGAAAUCGACGGGAGGACCAUCAGGAUGGUCGGCGUUGAAUGGGCUCUGGAAAGCAUCAAGGCGGGGAAACGAUUACCUGAAUCCCGGUUCGCCGUGGUGCAUGCGGCGAGUCGAGGACAGCGCAGCGUCAAGGCGUAUUUCUGAUUUUUUCUUUUUCUACUGUACUAUAUGACUAACGACUGUAAUAUGUAUGAUAGAUGAGCUGUAUACUAUUCUUAAACAGGUCAUAAUUCAUCUCAUGACUCA